GGGCCGCGGCACCUGCAGGGACAGCUCCCUGUGCAGGUGGCAGCAGGUGCUCCGGAGCCCGGCCCCAGCAUGAGCUCUUUCGACCUCCCGGUGCCCUCGCCCCCGCACUGCAGCCCCCAGUUCCCCAGCAUCGGCCAGGAGCCCCCCGAGGUCAACCUGUACUACGAGAACUUCUUCCACCCGCAGGGCCUGCCCAGCCCGCAGCGGCCCCCCUCCUUUGAGGCGGGUGGCGAGGAGCUGCCCAUCCCGUCGCAGGAGGAGCUGAUGAAGCUGGUGCGGCCACCCUACUCCUACUCGGCCCUCAUCGCCAUGGCCAUCCACGGGGCGCCCGACAAGCGCCUCACCCUCAGCCAGAUCUACCAGUACGUGGCCGACCACUUCCCCUUCUACAACAAGAGCAAGGCCGGCUGGCAGAACUCCAUCCGCCACAACCUGUCGCUCAACGACUGCUUCAAGAAGGUGCCCCGCGACGAGGACGACCCAGGCAAAGGGAACUACUGGACCCUGGACCCCAACUGUGAGAAGAUGUUCGACAACGGAAACUUCCGCAGGAAGAGGAAGAGGAAGUCGGACGUCUCCUCAGGCCCUGGGGAGAAGACGGAGAGCGGGCUCCUGGCGGGCAGCCCCAAGAGCGCCGACGCCCAGGACAUCUUGGAAGGCACCUCCCCGGGCUCCGCCGGCUCCCCCGAGCAGCGACCGUCCCCGGGGCCCCCGGGCACCCCAUGCCUCAACGGCUUCCUCUCCUCCAUGACGUCCUACGUGAGCGGGGCCAGCCCCGCCAGCCGCCCUGUGGCCACGCCGGGACUGAGUCCCGAGCCCACUGACAAGAUGGGGCAGAACUUGGGGAACUUUAACUCCUACACCCCACUCACCAGCCUCGGCGGCCACGGGGCCGGGAGCGAAUGGGCCAACCCCAUGCCCACCAACACUCUGGGCUACGGAGGCUCCGUCCUCAACCAGUUCAGCCCCCACUUCUACAACAGCAUCAACGCGAACAGCGUCCUCUACCCCCGGGAGGGCACCGAGGUCUAGGACUGCACAGUCCUUGAGCCACAUGGACGUGCCCGAGUCCCCCGGCUGCCCAGACACCUCCGAGCUGCCCAGACAGACACAGGAGGCUCAGAGCAAUUCCUCCUGUUUCCGGAACCCGGUGUCAACCUUCCGUGUCACCCAUACCUGGACACACACCCACAACUUGGCACUGGAAAUGCUGGUGCCUGAGUGACAGUCACCAAGGCAGCCCUUGGUUGAGCACUUACUAUGUGCCUGGAGCCGUACUAGGUUCGGAAGGCCUAGCCACACUUACUAUCUAGCUACCUUGUGGGGGUCCUAUGAAGGUCCUCAUUUUACAGGUGAGAAAACUGGGUCAUACAAACUGGUGAG